AUGGAUCUAACUAAUAGAAAUCCCUAUUCCACGCGGACGAAGUCGCAGGCAGAAUCUAGUAGAAAAAUACAAGUACCUAUUCUCGAAAAUGUUGUAGUGCGCAAGUCUAGAGUAGUGGCCGUGGUGGUAACUGUGAUAAGCACGCGGGCAACGGCCAGUGUCUCCGGGCCCGGCGCCGAGAUGCACGCCGCGUGCGCUGUGCUGGCUGCGUGGCUGGUGGCGCGCGCGGCGCCAGCUGCGAGCGAGAGUGCGCGGGUGAGCGGCGCCGUGCGCUUCGGUGCUCUGUUCGCUGUGCACGGGGCGCCCAUGGAAGCGCGUGCAGGCGCGGCCUGCGGACCAGUCCGCGAGCACUACGGCAUCCAGCGCGUCGAGGCGACGUUGAUGGCUCUGGAUGCUAUAAACGCAGACCCCCGACUGCUCCCGUGGCUGCGUCUGGGCGCCGACUUACGUGACUCGUGCUGGGCGCCGCCGACGGCGCUGCGGCAGACCAUCGACCUAGUGCGCGAUGCUAUCGCCCCGUCGGAAUCGCUUCGGCAGCGAUCUCCGUCAGGUGCCGAGACCGGGCACUGCCAGGCGGUCUGUACUCUAGCAAUGAAUUUUAAUUUAAACUUUGUGUCAUUUUUUAGGGUGAAAAGUGGGUGGGGCGAGAAUCAGCGUGUCACUCUCACUGAUUAA